AUGCCACUCCCACAGCCCAAACGGGUUGCGGUCAUAGGAGGCGGUUGCGCCGGUGUUACCUGCUUUUGGGCUUUGCAACAUUCGGUUCACGACGUCCAUCUCUUCGAGGCUUCUUCCGAAUUGGGAGGACGUAUCAAGACAGUACCCUUUGAGUAUGACGAGGCUCGAGUCGAUGUGAAUACACAAUCCUCGUGUUUUAAUAUAGAGGCAUCUCCCAAUUUCGUCUCGCUUCUGCGGUGUCUUGGGAUAUCUACAUCCCCGUUUUCUAUUAUUUUUGGUGCAUCCGAUGGUCUCAACUCAUACCAAUGGGGAUGCAGCAUCUUGGAGAACGUGAUGCUACGUCUCUGGUGUCUCUGCAGCUUAGAGACCUAUCGGAUCCUGUUUGAUAUCAUCCGGCUCAAAUACUUGGCUCUGGACAUACUAAUAGAUAGAGCUUUAUUCAGCUCACAGCACCGCUCACGACAUUCUUCAAAUGCUUAUGAUUAUCUGUUCAAUGAAGGCUUCUCGUCCAGUUUCCGGGAUAAGUACCUGGCUCCUCUGCUCUCAACACUAUGGGCUACAAACGCUGGUCGAUUCCUCCCACGUCUUUCAGUUAGAGAUUUAGCUCGUUUCCUGCAUGAUCAUGAUCUGCUUCGCAUUCGAAAGUUCUCGACACCAUGGCGGCGUAUGGAUGUAACUGCCAGUCAGUUUGUCCAACGCAUGGCAGGCAGCUUUCCUGCUAGUAAGGUCCAUCUUGGGACGAAGGUUCAGAAAGUCAAGAGAACUGAGAAAGGGAGAUACAAUAUCUUCACUUCCAACUCCGAGAAGAUGGACUUUGAUCAUGUUAUUUUCGCUGUUGACAGCGACGAGACUAUCCGGCUGCUCCAGCCAACAAAGAGCGCUGAAGAGAGGGAGAUCUUGCAAGAUAUACGGAUAACGAAGAACAUUGCUGUUUUGCAUUCUGACAAUUCCUCAAUAUCCAACGCCCCCCAUAACUACAUUAUAUCUCCCGACCACAACCUUAACAACCAACCACCAAUAGCCUGCCUAACCCACAACGUAAACACCCUCCAAAACAUCUCAACCACUCUUGCCGGUCCCAUUUCCAUCACUGUAAACCCGUUCAACCCUCCGCAUCCGACCCUCGUCCAGGCUGUCUGGGAAUUCACCGAUACCGAAAUCAGCACUACGACCCUCCACGCCCUCCGUCGUGUAUCAUCCAUCCAGAAUGAGAACGGAUUGAGUUACUGCAGCACUUGGACAGGACGUGGCUUCUCUGAGGAUGCUGUUACGGGUGGUCUGAGGGUUGCGGUGGAGCAUCUAGGUGCGGAUGUGCCGUUUGAAGUUGAGUCGCACCAAGGGGACCUGGAUAAUGGGAAGUCCGAGGCUUGGUUGGUUAUGGGGAUUAGGGAUCAUUUGGUUCUUACCGCUUUGGGGUUGGUAAGGGUGUAUGCUAGAGUUUCUGAGUUAGUUUUGGUGUUAUUGAGGCUCUUUUGGGUUUGGAUAACGAGAGAUCGAACUUGGAAAAGAUAG